GAUGCUUCUUUACUAAAGGAGGCCUUCUUUAUUCUAUGAGUAGGCAUUUGCAUAGUUGGUUCUUUAUUCUAUGUUGGCAUAGUGAUAGAGUAAUAGUGAGAAACUGUAUGACCGUAGGCGUGCGCGUCCGUCGCCAGCGUUUCCCGGGCGCAUGUGCACGCGUCCUUGAUCGAGUGCGUUGGUUUCGUUGCUCGCUGAGGCCGCUAAUGCCCAGUGUGGGGUGAAGUAGACCAACGCCUCCUAAAUAGAAUGUCUUUAUAGGAGGCGUUGAUUAGACGCGUGUGAUGGAGGCGGUGGCGUCUGCUAGUGCGGAAGGCACUUCGGCUGGUAUCACUGGGGCAUAUACAUGGACUGUAGCUCGUGGGAGGCCACGGAAUACGGAGGCACAGAACGCUGAGGCCAAAGCCAGACAUGCUGAGGCCACGCGGAGAAAGCGGCGGGAGAAUGCCGAGUUGCGGGCUCGUGAUGUUGAAGCGAAGCGGCAACGACGGGCUAUGGACCCGGAACUUAGGGCAAGAGAAGCGGAGGCAAGGCGGCGUAGACGUGAAGAUCCGGAAAAGCGUGCUAGGGAGAUUGAAGCCAAACGCCAGCGAAGGCAGGAUCCGGAGUACCGUGCUAGAGAGGCUGAAGCCAAACGCCAGCGAAGGCAACGAGACCGUGAAUUACGGACAAGAGUGGCUGCAUUGAUGCGUCAGCAACGUGAACAUUGGGAUUUCAGAGUGCGGGAAACCGAAAGCAGGCGCCAACAAUGUCAAGAAGUUCCAGAACUUCGAGCCAUGGAAGCAGAAACCAAACAACUUGGGCGACAAGCCGAUGCGGAGCAACGAGCCCAAGAGAGGUUGUGCCAGCAUGCUGUAACCGAAGCACGCAAUACACAGCGCACCUACAUGAAAACCAAGAUGACGAGUACAAUCCGAGAGAGGAAUCCACGGCCAGGCUGUCACAGUAAAUAUGUUGGUGAGGGUGAACCCCUGCCUCAGCAAGCCCAUCGAUCUUGUCAGACGGAGCACCACAUCACUCUGGUGUGGUGCGCAAGACCAAAUGUUUCAACUUGCAGCGCUGGAGUGCAGGUGGGACCCUGGGAACAGGAGUGCUGAUGGAAAUGCACAAGAAGGAAAUGAAAGUUCCUGUACUGCUCAGGCAGCAUGAAGCAGCUUCGCAAGAUGGUAGCCGCUGUCCUGGAGUCGCCCCGGGCAAACUUGCUCGUGACUAAACCAUCGAAGAUGCUUUGAUGAAACACAUCCUGAAGGGAUCGGGUCUCCUUUAUCAGUUCAACAUUCAACUGCCAUGCUGCUGAGGGACUUGUGUAUCGAGAAGCCUGCGCCAUAAGCAGUAUUAACACAUCUGGGCUGGCAUGCUCAAGGGUCGCAAGCCAUUCUCAUUUGCCAUUAAAGCCAAAAGUACCUGA